AUGGAUUUCUUGAAGAGAGGAAAAGUGUUCCGGCUAAAAUGCAGUGGGCAAAGUAAGUAUCUGAUAGCUCAUAAGGACGAUGAAACCAUCCAACAAAGCCGGAAUUGCUCCUCCAAAAAAGCCGAAUGGGUGUAUGAGCACGAGGAAAGGGUUGAACAGACAAUGAGAAUGGGUUCCACUAUAGAUUGGGAGCCCAUCAUAGAAGGGCUUUACAUCAAACUAAAGAGUCAUACAGGUAAAUUGUUAAGAGCCAACAGAGGACCUCCUCCUUGGAGGAAUUCUGUCACCCAUGAUCAGCCUGGUCAUUGGACAUCCACUGAGAAUAUGACAUUGUAG